CUGACCAAUCAGAGAGAACUUCCGAGCCGCUUAGCCCCGCCCCCACCGUCAACGUACACGUUUAACUCCUCUAACAGCUUUUUCUAUUUCUGUGCUCAACUGUCUGUUUAUCCAGUAACGCUUUCACACAAUGAACUAGAGCCGAGAGCCCAGAGGAGCAUUGUGGGAAGGACUGAGAUAUGCGGAAGCUUUAGUAUUGUGAAAGUCUCCUGACAGGAGCUCAUAAUGGAUCUGAAGGAGAAAACUAUCGCGUCAUUUAAGAAAUACGUCAGCGGUGAUGAGUUUUCCCAAUUAAAGUUACCUGUUAUUCCCAAAGCGUCGGUGCUGAUCCCGCUGCUGGUGAGAGACGGACAGCUGCGGCUGCUCCUGACCGUCCGCUCCAUUCACCUGAAGCAGCACGCAGGUGAAGUGUGUUUCCCGGGAGGAAAGUCUGAGUCCGGGGACAGAGAUGAAGUUCACACCGCUCUGAGAGAGGCAGAAGAGGAGAUCGGGCUUCCUCCUGACAAAGUGGAGGUCAUCUGCAAACUCUUUCCCGUCAUAAACAAGACUGGUCUUCUGAUCACUCCGGUUGUGGCUUUCAUCGAGGACUCCUUCAAAGCCAGUCCAAACACAGACGAGGUGAGCGAGGUGUUCACUCUUCCCCUGGAGUUUUUCACAAAAGAGGCGGAUCAUUCUGGCUAUCCUGUGCCCAGCGUUUUCGGACCAACCCAUAGUUUCAUGUACACUGACCCCAGUACAGGAAAAAUCCAUCAGAUCUGGGGUCUGACCGCUGCUUUGGCCAUAACCGCUGCUGUGCUGGCCCUCGGAAAGAAGCCCGAGUUUGAGAUCGGCUUUAACUUGGAUAAUCCAGCUUCUGGGUUUAAAGACAUACUGAAUCGCAAAUUAAGCAAAUUAUGAAAGACGCUUCAGAUUCAGUGUUACUGAUCAUACUAGGGGAAAUUAUCUACUGUAACUGAACUGUAACAUUAAUAGAAACCAGUUUGGUUAUUCUUCAUGUAAAUAAUUUUUGUAAUUAACAAUGAGGAUGUCAUAUGUAUUUUCUGAAAGGAAUGAUUACAACAGCAUUACACACAUGUACAGACAUCAUUGCAGUAUAAAUAUAACAUGGAAAUGUG